GUGAACUUCGCAUAUAUGGCUUCUCUACCUACUCGCCAAAAGCUAUGGGGAGGUAGAUUCACCGGGAACACCGAUCCUUUGAUGCAUGAAUUCAAUCAAUCUUUGAGCUAUGAUCGACGCAUGUAUGAUGCAGACAUUCGCGGUUCCAAGGCCUACGCAAAGGCGCUGACUCGCGUUGGCAUCCUCACACAUCAAGAAGAAAGUUCCAUUAUUGAGGGGCUGGAGAAAGUUAGGAAGGAAUGGGCCUCAGAGGAAGGAUUCAAAAUUCAGCCUGAUGAUGAGGAUAUUCACACCGCAAACGAACGUCGUCUGAGCGAGCUCAUCGGCCCAACUGGGGGUAAACUUCACACUGGUCGUUCUCGCAACGAUCAGGUAGCUACCGAUAUGCGACUUUGGCUUCUGGACGAAGUAUCCGCAAUUGAAGACAGUCUGCGAGGUUUGAUACGAGUGAUGGUAGAGCGUGCAGAUAAGGAGAAGAAUUUUCUCCUGCCGGGCUAUACCCAUCUGCAACGCGGGCAACCAAUCCGAUGGGCGCAUCUCUUGCUCUCCCAUGCCUUUUCUUUCCGCUAUGACCUUGAGCGCCUGCAACAGCUUAUUCCCAGAAUCUCAGUGUUGCCUCUGGGAAGCGGGGCGUUGGCCGGGAACCCUUUCGUGGUUGAUCGCGAGUUCCUGGCCAAAGAACUAGGUUUCCUGUCCGUUGCUGAGAACAGCAUGUGGGGAGUCGGCGAUCGAGACUUUGUCGUCGAGUUCAUGAUGUGGGCGAGCUUAACUAUGACACACAUGAGCCGAUUGUCCGAGGACUUGAUUAUCUACUCAACCGCUGAGUUUGGCUUUGUGACUUUGAGUGAUGCCUACAGCACUGGCUCCAGUAUUAUGCCACAAAAGAAGAAUCCCGACUCGCUAGAACUCCUCCGUGGUAAAUCAGGGCGAAUUUUUGGCAAUAUGGCCGGCUUCGUAAUGACUCUUAAAGGCUUACCCUCGACUUACAACAAAGAUUUGCAGGAGGAUAAGGAACCUUUGUUUGACACUGUCGACAACAUUUCCAAGUCGCUGCAGAUUGCUGAGGGCGUGAUAGCCACAAUGAAGGUGCAUAGCGAUAAAAUGCGACAGGCCCUCACUAUGGAUGUCCUCGCAACUGAUCUCGCUGAAUAUCUCGUCAGGAAAGGGGUUCCAUUCCGCGAAACCCAUCACAUUUCAGGCCGCGCGGUGGCCUUGGCAGAGUCCCAAAAAUGCCAGCUCAAUGAGCUAACUGCUGAGGACUUCAAGAAAUUGCAUGAUCGGUUCUCGGAAGAUGUCGUACAAGUGUUCGACUUUGAAAGGAGUGUGGAAAGGAGGUCUGCAAUAGGUGGUCCGAGCAUGAAAACGGUGGAAAGGCAAAUCGCUGUUUUGAGAGAGAUUGUGCAGUGAUGAUGAAGUGCGGAGUAUAUAUGCCGGCCUGGUUAACCGAUACACACAAUGAACACAAUGAAACAGCA